AUGCCUAGCUACUCCUACACUAGUUCCUCCUCCUCCUUCUCCAGCAACAUCAACGGCCGCCAAACAGGGCACUCAUACAAGGAGACCUCUCAAACGACACCCGAGGGCACAACUGUCCGCACCACGUCACAGAACCUCGGAGAGCGCCCCGUCACGCACACGCAGCAGUUCGACUCACAAGGCCGUGAACUCAUCGGGGACAACACCGGUGGCGCGAGCAGACGCAUCGAGGAUGUGAGCAGUGAAGACGCCGAUCACAGGUACAAGGAAAGAAUGGAAGAUGAGUACGCAAAGCGGGAGGGAGGCGCCUAA